AUGUUAAUAAUCAUUAAGGCUAUUUUUCCUUUCACAGAAGACGGCGACUUUGGGCAGCAGUUGCCACCGCUUCACAUCUACCUUAAGAGGGUUCUGGACAAAUACCCGGAAGGUGGACAGAUCUUGAAGGAGCUUGUGCAGAAUGCAGAUGAUGCAAAAGCAAAGAAUGUGAUUUUUCUUUACGACAAGACACACCAUCCGAGCCAUCAAUUGUGGUCUGAGACAUUGAAGGACUUCCAAGGACCAGCUCUGUAUGCCUACAAUGAUGCAACCUUUCAGAAGCAAGACUGGUACAACAUCCAGCACCCUGAGCAGAGUGGGAAGCUGGAAGACCUUACCAAGGUUGGGAGGUUUGGCCUGGGCUUCAUCUCUGUCUACCAUCUUACAGACAUGCCCUGCAUCAUCAGCGGAAACAAAAUCGGUUUCUUGGACCCACUGGAGAAGAACUUCAUCCAUGACCCUCACACCAACACAAAAUACAAAGGCAGACGUGGUAAGAAGUGGAAGAUGACAACCGAUCUUCUGGCUGAAUUUCCAGACCAGUUUUCACCAUACCUGAUUGACUUGUUUCACUGUAAUAAACACAACUUUGAAAACAGUAAAUUAGAGGGUACUGUUUUUCGAUUUCCAUUGCGAACCAGGGAAUCACUGGUCAGUAAGUCGGUGUUCACUGAUCAUGCGCGUGUGCAUGACCUCUUUGCGUCAUUCCAGAGAGAUGCAGAGAUCUCUCUGUUGUUUCUCAAGCAUGUAGAAUCCAUAGCCGUGUAUGAAAGAGAUCAUAUGUCUGACAAUCCUAGACUUAUUUGUAAGGUACAGAUUCACGAAGACGAUCGUCAUAAGCUUCGUAUGGACAGAACAACAUUCCUGAGCCGGAUUAUCUCGAAUCAAGACAUUCAAACAAUGAGCUGUGUACGAAUCCAGAAGCAAACUGGAUCACAGACAGCUCAAACGACCAGCAGAUACAUCAUCUUGAACAGCUUAAAGAGCACAUCCAGACGUCUCCAAGAACUGAACAAAGAUGAUGAACUGAAGUUGCGGCCAUGGAUGGGGAUGUCCUUCCUAAUAAGCUCUACAGCAGGUUUAGAUGACGAACAGCGAAGUGGUCGUGUGUUUUGCUUCCUACCAUUGCCAGAGAGUGAGAAGACUGGAUUGCCAGUCCACGUACACGGCUACUUUGGUCUAGGAGACAACCGUCGCAGUAUCAGGUGGCCAGAUCAAGAGUCCCAGCAUGACAACAAGGCACUCUGGAACAAGCUCCUCACACGGAAAGUCUUUCCGGAAGUUUAUGCAAAGGUCAUCCAGGCUGCUAUAAAGAAGAGUAAAGAUCCGUCUGAUCCGACGAAGCCGUUGGAUGUGUAUAAAGCGUGGCCUUCCAUUGAGCACAUACAGGCAAAUUGGUCAACUGGGGUCAAGAAAUUCUUGCAGCUGCUAGCGAACAAGCCCAUCUUCUACACAGAACAUAAUGGCGGCUCGUGGAAAAAGCCAAUGGACGUGUAUGUUGACCCCGAGGGAAGCCCCUUGAUUUCAAAAGUGCUGAGAAUCAAAGGUUGUCCAGUUGCGCAGCCUCCGCACCACGUUCUGGAGUCUCUUAAAUGGGCAGGUGUGGCUUACAACACGGUUACACCUGCACUUGUGAGUAACUGGAUCAGAGGGGAUCCACUGCAGUUCCUGUCAAGUGACGAGAAGUUUGAGCUUCUUAAAUACGUCACCAGUGAACCAGUUUGUGAUCUGAAAAACCUGCGUCUGCUUCCCUUGCAGAGUGGCGAUUUUGUUGCGUUUUGUAACGAUGCGCCAAUAGUAUACAUCGCGACCACAGAGAAUCCAAGUUCUCUGAUCCCAAAUGGGGCGUCAAGAUUCGCUGCAAGUGACCUGCCAUCGACAUUGCUAACAGAUCCGAGCAUAGAGGCGCACACACAGCUAAAAAGCCUUGGCGUUAAUGAUGUUGCACCUCUGUUGAAAGAGAUGCUUCCAAGCACAUGGAGAGGAGGAACAGAUAAUACCGUGCCAUGGACCCCAGGACGGGGUCAACAACCAACAAAGGAAUGGUUGGUGGAGUUGUGGAGAUGGUUGCUGAAAACAGAGCUUGAGGCAUUCAAAGGUAUUCCCCUCAUCCCGGUAGCACGCGAUCGCAUUGCAAGACUACAACAGAAUAAGCUAAUUUGCCAGGUGCGGGAGGGGGGCUCUUAUGGGCGUUAUCCUGCACGCUUGUCAGAUAACAUCUGUUCAUUUCUUGAGUCUGUCGGGGCUGUUGUUAUACGGGAUCUUCCGUCUUAUAUAAGCGAUCACCCACAUGUCAACAGAUUUGUUGGUGGUCCGACACCCGAAGGAGUAAUGACCAUUCUAGAGGCAUGCAGCCAAAAUAACCUCGAUGCACAGGUUCAAGGUUUGGCUGCAAGCCCAAAAGACGAACUAUGUACUUUCCUCUCAAAACUCCAGCACUUAACGCCCCAGCAAAGUGAUAUCUUGAAGUCUCUCUCUGUCUUUCUUGGAAGUGAUGGGAAAUAUAUUGCAGUCAGGACAUGUCCAACUUCAAUUCCUGGUGACUAUUUUGAGUUACCAGUGAGAGCUCUGAGACGUCGAUGUAUUAUGCUAAGAUCUGAUGAGUCGGACAACCUACUGUUACAACUUGGGGUUAAAAAGCUAUCUGUUGUUGAGUUUCUACAAGGAAACGUCCUCCCUGCAGUACAGGAAGGAUUCUAUAGUGACGACGAAUCAUUGAAGAUCAUGAAGUGGGUCUUGCAGCAAGCAAGAUUUGACCACUUGUUGACAGGCCUGAAAUUUAUUCCAAUUUCUAAACGCAAAGCAAGUCCAGAGGAGCUGUUCGAGCCCUCUCAAACCCUUCAGGUAAUGUUUAGAGGAAGCAGCAGGUUUCCAGUUGGACAGUAUUCCAAAGGCAGACUGCUAGACAACUUGAAACGGGUCGGACUCAAAACAGAGGCAGACGUGUCACCAGAUGACGUUUUGAUGUGUGCAAUGGAGGUUUCCCAAACCACAAACUGUGCUGAUGUUGAAAGGGGGUCAGUCCUUUUACAACACAUCAACCACUAUCCAGGUUUCUUACGUGAACAGGUCACGAGCAACAGGACAUGUAAAGCACUAUAUAAGUUUCUUGAAGAUCUGUCUUGGGUUCCGUGUGAAGCUUCACCACCUGCUGAUUACCCUAACAAGGCUGGUUGGAUUGGAAACUCCCACACACUCUACUCGCCCAGACAAGUAGGGCCCAUUGAUUCUGCUCUGCUUCAAGGCUCUGUGCUCCCUCUUGUAAGGUUACAUAACGUCAAAGAUGAACUACUGAAUGCCUUUGGAUGGAAACAGAAUCUUGAUUCCAGCAACUACCAACACGUCGAACGGGUAAUGCUUCAUCUUAAGAAUGUUGCCAACAACUACCAGAAUGUUCUUGAUAAUGUGCAUAUUGUUUCUCAUACAGUGUCCGAGAUAUAUUCCUUCUUCACUAGAGCAGAGAAUGAGCAAGUGAGACACCUUUUUCACGAGCAUAUGAGUGCUCCACAACCAUGGGUGUGGCAUGGUUCUGGUUUCACCACUCCUGACAAGAUGGCCAUGAGCAACGGGACACUUGGUGUUAGUUUGACCCCUUAUCUACGCCUUGUUCCAGAGGAUUGUCUCCAGUACGGCAAUUUCCUAAAUAGCAUGGGUGUCCAAGAGACCUUCCAAGACAGCGCUUUUUGCGAAGUGCUGCAAAUUGUCAGUCAAAAGCAUGAAGCCAACACGGUUUCCAGUGAAGAGGAUUACAAGAAAGACUUAAAUCUUGUCUGCAACAUCUUAAGCCACAUGGUUAACCAAGAAAGAUUUGACAGCAAGAUGUCAGGGAUCCUCGUUCCAUGUAGAAUGCCCAGAGGCCGAGAAAGAAAGCUACACAUGGCAUGUCCAUCGCAAUGCCUGUAUGUUGAUGAGGAGAGACUUGCAAGACAGAUAUUCGAAGAAGGUCCCCAAGACUUCGACAAGCCAAUAAUUCAUGAGUUAAUACCCAACUUGGUUGCUCAGAAAUUGGGAUUGCAACCACUGAGUCACGUGAUUGCUCCAGUUGAAGCAGUAGAGUAUGGAUAUGAAGUUGCUGGACCACACGAGACAACAGUGAAUGCAAUCAAGCGUAAUCUUGAUAUGUACAAGGAAGGCCCGGGCAUCUUUAACGAGUUGAUUCAAAACGCUGACGAUGCUGGAGCUACUGAAGUCAAAUUCCUUCUAGACUGGCGCGACAACAAGCAAACAGCUCACAACCUUAUGGGCGAAGGAAUGAAAUCGUGUCAUGGACCUGCUCUCUGGGUUUUUAAUGACGGCAUCUUCACAAAAGAUGAUAUUGCAAAUAUCUGCAAUAUAGCUGCCCAGAGCAAGAAAGAUCAGCUGGACAAAGUUGGGAGGUUCGGAUUGGGAUUCACGUCAGUUUAUCACUUGACCGAUAUUCCCAGUGUUGUCAGCGGACCGUAUGUGCUUAUUUGUGAUCCCAGAGCAACCCAUCUUGGAUCCCGUGUCAAGCCGGCACAGCCAGGUAUCAAACUCGAUCUGACAAACGAAAGCCACAGACGGACGCUUGGGAGUUAUCCGAACCAGUUCCAACCAUACAAUGGCAUCUUUGGUUGCAAGCUGCCAGAGGCUGCACACUUCGGGCACACACUUUUCAGGUUACCACUGCGGACGAAAGCGGAAGCUGAUGGCCAACAGCCAAAUCAAAUCUCAGAUUCUGUCUUUGAUUCCAAGAAGAGUACUGAACCACUGUUAGAGGCUUUGCAGAAGUCGGCAUCUACUCUGCUUCUCUUUACACAGAACGUGGUUCAUGUUACUGUGGAACAGCUUGAGUCUGAGAACAUUGAUGAUGGGAAACCUGUUAUGUCUGUCAGUGUUUCACAAGUCAGACAGCUGCCUCGUUCAAUUGCAGCUCCAGCUGACGACUUGAAGACAGCUCUAAUAGAUGACUUGAAGACCCAACGAGGCAUUCUGAAAACGACGGCAAAACGUGUAAAAUUACCUGUCCCUGAUUUGCCUAUUCCAGAGACAACUAUGAUUGUGAAGGUGAAUCAGGAAAGGCGAGUAUUGGGUAUGGGUGGGAAAAAGAAACAAAAGAAAGAAACGUUUCACUUCAUCAUCAGCUCUUGCAUGGCAACGGAAGAACCUCUUGAUCUCUCCCUUACCAAAGAGGGCAUCAAAGCUGGAGUUAUGCCGUGUGGUGGAGUUGCUGCACAAUUAAUAUCUGGUGAAAGAGGGUUGACCCCUGAAACCACCCAGGGCAAGGCCUUUAGUUAUCUUCCUCUUGCCGUCUCAACUGGGCUACCGUUCCACGUCAAUGGCAACUUCUUGCUGCAACCUAACCGUCGCCAGCUAUGGAGCAAAUCCUCCUCCGACACGGGAGAAUUUGAGACCCGUUGGAAUAUCUGCUUCAUGGAAUCAGUCUUGUUGCGUGCUUUUGUGAAUCUACUGAAAGAUCUUCAAAUGUUGCAUGAAAAAGAUGUUGUUGAUGCUCGCAACUUCCAGUGUUUGUGGCCCAGAUGGAGUGAGUCUGAAACUGAUUUUCAUCCUUUCGUUAAAGCCUUCUACAAGAAGAUAGUAAGUUGUGUCGAUGCCCCAGACGUAUUCUUUCACCAAAGUAAGUGGGUAUCAGUCCAUCGAUGUUUCUUCACUGAUUGGGGAUUGACAGAUCCUGAAGAGGUGAGAAGAAGUAUAACAACUGUGCUAAGCAAGCAUCAGGAUCCGAAACGAUGGGUCGAACUGGAAAGAGAUGUAGUUGACAGCAUCAAACAGGUAGACGCUCAAGAGGUUUUCGACAGCAACACCUUCAACAUCCAGCGAUUUUUAUCUGAGGUAUUAUUUCCGAUGAUGAAGAAUAACCCUCAAGACAUCGAGUCUACCCACAGAAACAGGAUUGUUCUUUACAUGUUAGACCUUCGUCUUGGAGAAAGAAAACUGGAAGAUUAUGAUGAAUUACUGAAGGCUACGGAGUGUAUACCGACUUCCCCAGAAGGAGAAGACUUGGCAAGACCUCAGGAUUUGGUGAAUCCUGAAUCACCAGUUGGAUCACUGUAUAGCGAGACUGACUGCCGGUUUCCAUAUGGAGAGCUGUACCGUAAACAAGAACGUCUUCUGUCUUUAUCCCAGCUAGGGAUGGCUUCGCAUGACUUAUCUUGGGAAGAUAUCUGUGAGAGAUCACAAUCACUUUCAGGGGGUGAGAAUGUUGUCCAGAGGUGCGUGACUCUUCUAAAGCUGAUGGAUGAAAAGCUCAGAAGGUAUGACGAGCCAACACCCGAUCAUAGGAAACGCAUCCAACAAGCAGCUUUCCUUCCAGUCCUGGAGAAGCCCCUUAGCUACCCUAUUGAUUGGUGUCACUCUGACAAUGAGUUUAUGUCUGCAGACAUGCUUCAUACACCAGAACACCAGAACCUUCUUGGGUCCGUUCGACCACUAUUGGACGAGAACAGAUUGGGAUCUGAGGCAAAGAGUGACAAUGUUAAAACCUUUCUUGGAUUCACGGGAAAACAAGUUGCAGUCAAUGAUGUCAUUUCACAGCUUGUUAUUUUGAUCAAUCAAGCACCUGGGGUGGCUCAUCAAACAUCAAUGGUUCGCAGUAUAUACGCAUAUCUCCAGAGCAAAAUCUAUGUGGAGUCUCCAAACGGUGAAGAUACUUUCAAAGAAGAGCACCGUGCUGCUGUGAACAAGCUUCGUUCGAUAGGAUUCGUUUUCUGUGAUGGCCAAUUCAGAAAGUGUAAACAACUUGCUUUUCUCUACGAAGGCAAAGAUGGACCAUAUCUGUACAAAGUUUCCCGUGAACUCACUCAAUUCAGCAACCUGUUGCGGAUUUGUGGUGUAAGAGAUCGCUUUCAGCUAGAUGACUUCCUUGAAACUCUUCAGCUUCUGAAGGAAACAUAUGGCGAGGAACCUCUGGGUGAAUCAGAUCUGAAAACCGCGACGUCGAUGUUGUCAGAAGUUGUCUCCAAGUUAGAAGAAAAGCAUGGAAAAAACACUGAAGGUAGCCAAGAAAGCAACUUACAAAAAGGCUUAAUCCAUGUCCCAGACAUCUGCGGGAUCUUGCGGUUACCAGGAGAGCUGACAUACAACGAUAUGGAAUGGGAGGGAAGUCGUGACGAAGAAAAGUAUACACAUCGAGAUAUAUCGUCCCCCAUUUAUGCUAAGGUUUUGGGUAUCGUCACUGAAAGGGAGAAGUACAUUGAUAGCUGCUUACCAUUGCAGGGAUUUGCAAUAGAUUUCGGCCAGAGUGAACAACUAACGGAUCGACUGAAAAACAUACUGAGGUCGUAUCCAAACGUCUCUGAUGUAUUCAAAGAGCUUCUUCAAAAUGCCGAUGAUGCAGGAUCAACAGAGAUACACUUCGUAUAUGACCCGCGUCAUCACGAAGCAAAGAAGGUCAUAUGUGAUUCCUGGGCUGCCGUAGGAGACCUUCCAUCACUCUGUGUGUAUAACGACAAGCCAUUCACGGAGGCAGACAUCAAAGGCAUUCAAAAGGUAGGAGUUGGAGGAAAGAGAGACGACAUUACAACAACUGGGAAAUUUGGAAUCGGUUUCAAUGCUGUUUACCACCUGACUGAUUGCCCGAGUUUUCUUAGCAACAAUGACACCCUUUGUAUGUUUGAUCCGCUUUUGAUGUUUUCUCCAGUGACACAGAAAAAUUCACCCGGGAAACAAUUGAUGGUGGACGAUCGGUUCAGGGAAAACUUCCCUGACAUGUUGAGAGGAUAUCUAGAGGAUAUACCUGCCUUUAAUGGAAAGGGGGGAACAGUUUUUCGGUUCCCACUCCGAAAAGAACAAUCAAGGCUUUCUGAAGAGACUUACCAUCCAAGGAGAGUACAGGAGCUGCUAGGCGAAUUCAAAGAAGUGUCUGAUGAAGCUCUACUUUUCCUCAACAACAUCAAAAUGAUCAGUGUUUCAUGUAUUGAUGAACACACCAACAACCUGACAACAGAAUACAGCAUCAGUGCAAAGCUUUCAGAACAAGACGAAGAUCGACGCUCAAAGCUGGCAGAGCACCUCAAGCUUUUCACAGAUGACCCUUGUGAGACAGUUGAGCCCAUGUCUCAUGUGUACACACUCGUGACAAGUGACUCGCUUGGCGCUGAACAAACAUGGCUCAUUUCUCAGACGCUGGGGUUUGAAGGUAUGGAGUCUGAAUGUCAGUCGGUGUCAAGAGCUUGUAGCUUAAAGAUUCCACGUGGUGGAGUAGCGGCUCUCCUCAAGGAUAGCAGAACGGAGAUGACAACAAUUCAGCGACCCAAGGCCUACUGCUUCCUCCCACUGCCGGUUUGCACCGAAUUACCAGUGCAUGUGAAUGGGACAUUUGAGUUGGGUUCGGCAAGAAAGAAUCUUGCAAAAGGCGAUGAUUAUGCAAAAUCAGAUGAUACUUCAGACAAGAGCCCACUCAUCCAUAGAUGGAAUCGAAUACUGGUAGAGCAUGUACUUGCCCCAGCCUAUGCCAAAUUAAUUGAGCAUGCGGGGCGAAUAAUACUUGGGGAAGCUGAUGCCAAGUCUUUGAAACGGCACCUUUGGCGUUAUGAUGAGCUUUUUCCAAAGCAUUUGAAGAGCUAUAGUGGAGAGUGGGAACUCCUAGCAAAAGCUACGCUUCGGUACAUCAGUGAGAAAAACUUGAAGGUUUUACCUGUUGUACAUCAAACCGAAGAUAAUGUCACAACCACCUGGCAUCAUCCAAACAGUGAUGACAGUCAUGCUUUCACUGAUAACUUUGCAGUGAGUAGGUCUACACCACGGGAGUUAAUGCGCUCCUUCUUGCUGAGUGUCAACUUCAACCUGUUGGCCAGCUCCCGGGAUGUAUGUUCGGCGUUUCAAGAUUGCGAUGUUGGAGCAAAGUUUGUAUCUCCGCAAUCUGUCGUUCAGCAUCUUUCAUCUGGAUCUAAUCAAGUGGCACAGACCAUUCCUGCUCCAUUGGAGAAAACCAAAUUCAAGAACAUCCAGACUUUACUUACAGUGUUCAAGUACUGCCUAGAAGGUAUCGAAAAUCCAGCUGAGCUGAAUGGCUUACCCAUGCGUGUGACGAAUGAUGGCAUACUGCGUGAGUUUUCAACGUGUGAUGGUUCAUAUGUGACUGAACACUCCAGGGUACUACCUUGUCUGCAGAAUAUAUUCCUUCACAGCAAGCUUGUUUCAUCGUGCAUUGAUUGGUUCGAGAAGCUUAAGAAAAAGAAUUCCGAGGCUGCUUAUAGCAGUGGAGUGUUUAAGCAGUUUACCAUAAUGGACCUGGCCCAACACCUUGGGAAGCAUCUGCCAGAGAGCUGGCAAGGUUGCAAUCAGCACGUUGAGUGGACACCAGACAAAGAUGGCCAUCCCUCUGAGUCGUGGCUUGGAAAUCUAUGGGCAUUCAUCUGCAGUGAGACGGUAGAGGAGGGCUCCCUAAAAUGUAUCAACCAAUGGCCAAUAUUCCCUACUACGUCGGGUAAACUGGUGCCCCCUUCUUUAUCCAAAACUGUAUUAUUGCUGCCAAACGAAGUAGGGUAUAGAAUGGAAAUAGCCGAUGUGCUGCGCAGCCUUGGUCUCCCUUCCAUUUCGCAGAACCUUAUGUGUGAGCUCAAGACGUCCUUUACUGGCAGUGGCACACAAGUACACGUACCGCAUGCACCAGCAGGACUAGAAGAUAUACUUCAAAAAAACUUAGCCCUGACAUCGUCAAGACAAGAUGUGACGGAUGUGAUCGCAUACGUGCAAAAAACAGACGGAGACAUUGGUCAUCCGACACCCUCAGAGUGCGACACUCUUCUUCGUUAUUUUCAAGAGGGCAAGAAUAUGUCGGAAGACAGCAUGAAGACUAUCAAGAAGCUCCCAGUUUUCAAAGUUCUAGGAGAAGACAACACAAUUGAUCUUUACCGUUUUGAUUACUACCACACUGCAGAUGGCUACGGAAAGUUGAUGGUUGAAGCCAAGACCUGGAUGGACAACAUGCACUGUGUUAUUCUGGAGCCCAAUCAUACAUUGAGUCGGAUCUACCUACAGCUUGGAAUAACUCCAAUCACACAAUCUGACAUGUAUCUCAAGUACAUACUUCCAAGCUUCCUAAACCUCAGUCAAGAGGGUCAAUUGCAACACGUCGAAUUCAUCAGAGAUAGCGUCCUACACCAAGCUUCAGAACCGGAAGGAAAAGAAAUUCUCGAGCGUCUUUCCCAUAUUGCGUUCAUUCCAGAUACAACGGACAUACCACGACAAGCAAGGUUUUUUUACGACGGUGAUAAUUCUGUCUUCAAAGCGUUGAUUGAACCAAUCAAGUUACUGCCUGAAUCCAUGGGAUCCCUGAAGUAUUUCCUGAAGAAAAUUGGUCUCCAUUCAGAAGUAACUCAAGACGACUUUCUUCAGUUUGCACAGGAGGUAGAAAAAAGGGCCGGUGAAGUCGAAGACAAGGAACAGAGAGAGACAUUGUGUCGCCAAUCUCGUCUUCUGACAAAUCAACUGAAAUACAGGAAAAAGCUCUGCGAUCCAAACUUCCUGAAGAGAAUCGCAACGAUCAAGUUCGUUCAAUCUGUCCCAAUCAAGGCAGAACUGCUUCACAUCCACCCUGCAUGUUAUUUGACGGGAAGUCACAACAACCAAGCGCCUGCAUUCAUUGCAUUCCAAGGAUCAACGUCGGAGACACAUUUGAAGCUUGUCUGGUCAAUUUGUAUGAUACUCCCGUCUUGGGACAUACCGAUAAACGAACAAGUAAAUAAGAAAAUUACUGUUCAUGAAUGCCUUGGAAUUGAAACCGUAAUUGUUGAUAAAGUUAUUUCGCACGCACAAAACAUUUGUGGGGUGAUGAAAACAAAGAAUGCGAUUCACAAGGAAGACACACUGCCUUCAGAACAGAGAGAGACGUUCAAAGACGUCAUGGGCAAGAUUUUGGGAUACCUGGAAGGUCUAAACUUGGCUGAGCAUGGCGAGGACAUUAAGAGUCGGUUGAAGUGCACUCCAGUAUGUCUUGUGGAAGAAGGACGUGUAUUGGUGAGAGCCGAUCAGUUGGUAUUUGAAAUGGACAAAGAUCUUGAGCCCUCUUUGCGCCCGUACUUGUACAAAGCACCAAGGGAAUUGGCACAGUUUGAUACUGUCCUCAGACUGCUUGGAGCCCAGGAUUCAUGUUCCUUUGACCAGCUGGCAGGAGUGUUGGCUUCAAUGAAAGUGGAGUGUGGUAAUCAACGUCUAGGUCCAAACGAACAGGAGACAGCCGUGGGUGCUGUUAAAGCAAUGCUUGGACUACUGUUGCGCAAUAAAAGCGGUCAAUCCACGUUUUCCGCAUCCGAGCUGUAUUUACCUAAUACAGAAUACGUCUUGAGGAGGUCGACUGAUCUGUAUUAUGCUGACCUUAACCAAAUGGGGCAAUAUAACCUUGCACCAACAGAUAGGGAAUUCAUCUUUCCAGUAAAGCAGUGCGGAUUUCUGGUUGAGGACGAGAUACGUCUCAUUAAACUUCUUCCAGAGUCCCUCCGACCUAAGAAUCUUGGGGAUGAAUGGAAUGAGAAGCCGUUAGACACCAAUGAAGACUGCCCCGCUGGACAGCAUUGUGAGUAUCUGGAAGGCAUCAAGCGAAAGGUGAAAUCAGAGGAGAUGACUCGUGUUUUGCUCAGACUUAGGCAACACCAGCUCGAAAACAAACAACCGAGUGCUGACAUCAAAGAGCACAUAACACAACUCCAGGAAUUUGACAAUUUCGUCUGCAAAACAGAAUUGAAGCUUGGCUUAUACGACAAUAAUGGACAUAAAAUUGCAGAGCACAGGCACUCGCGGGAAGCGUAUUUUGACAAAUUGGCGGGCAUAAUGUACCUGGAACACUCCUCACUCUCUCAGCAGAAGGGUUUGACUUUUGGGCAAAUUGCAGACAGUUGCAAUGCCCUCCUAGGACAUCUACUAAAUCCUGAACAUGUACGUCACUGUGCGCACGCUUUGGACUGUCAGAAUCUUGUGGAGAUGAAUACAAUUAUUUCCCGGUCUGACAUCCCUGAGUACGAUAUCACAACAAGUGCUGUCCAACCGGAAGAGCACAGCCCGGGUACACUAAUACCAAGAGAUAUUCAUCACCUGCUUGAUCAUGACCCCUACAACCGUUUCCUCGUAGAUGAGAUAGUAGGUUAUGAAAGAGACAUUGACGAAGGAGACCAGUUGCAGUAUGAUGAUAGUGACGACCUUGCCUUGGGCCCUGAUGAUAGGGUACCGUCAGAAACACCGGCGGAUGGUGCUACUGAGCAAAUCUAUGCCAAACUCCUUGAACAGAUUGACAAGGGUGAUGAGACAGUCAACUUAUCGAAACGAUACAAAAUCGACGUUGGAGGAAAGGAGUCCAUCAUAGUUAAAGUGACGAGACUUUAUAAAUUCCUGCGACCAAAGAAACAACGAGACAUGAUAGUCGUUCCUCUCACCCAGGAACCUACAUCCAAUGUCCCGCCUGCGGCACAUAUUGACCAAGCUCUUCCAGAAGACAUGCAAAAAGACGAAGAGCAAAUAAAGAAGGAGGUUGAUGAGGUAUUUGGAAUGCCGCCGGAGGAACGCAAAAGGGUUUUCUACCGUCUCUAUCGCAAGUGGCAUCCCGAUAAGAAUCAAAGCCAGCAGGAACGUGCCAAUAGGGCCUUCCAAUUCCUCAAACAAGAAAUAGAUAGGCAUGAAAGGGGUAGUGAGCCCAACCAGCGGUGCUCUUAUCAGUAUUCUUACUGGGAAUCAGAGGUCAAUAGGGACAGGGAAGAAGCCAGACGAUAUCAAGAGGCGUAUUACCGUAGUCGGUCCAGCGCCAGAUCAAACAGAUCAUAUGGUAACUUUGUGCCGCCGUCCUUUACAAGAGAGACCCCAGAUCCACGAAAAGCACGGCUAUGGUUCCGUCAGGCCAAGGAACACCUUAAGGUUGCCGAGCAGACGAGCCAACUCGAGCCAGUCCCAGCUCAGUGGAUAGCCUUCCAGGUACAUCAGGUCGCAGAAACUGCCCUCAAAGCAGCUCAGUACAGUCUGGACGGAUGUCCAGACAUGAACUGUAACGAUCUAAUAUCUCUAGCUAGGGCAGUUUGCCAACACAGGGACGUAACUUCUAGCCGAGUGUCUGAGGUAACACAUGAACUAGUUCAACUGAAUUGCGACUUCAGUAAACCUCGCUACCCGCAGGGGAACUCAAAGACAAGUGGACAGGAAUACAGUGAUUUCAGCACAGCGGACGUUUUGGAGAAAUGUGGAGAACUGCUGAAUCUUGUCCAAGAAAUCAUCGGUUUCAGGUUAUUUUAG